AUGGUCGGUUUUUACAAUGGUUUGGUUUGUUUUGUCAAAAUUAAAUAUGGCCCCGAUCCUUUAUUUUUAAUCUGCAACACCUUAACAGGAAAAUCUGUUCGUCUUCCGGAAUAUACUUGUUCUGAAUUGCCUCGGCAUAUACCAAGCACAAGUCCAAAUCCUUAUGGCCAUUUCACAAGUGGGUUUGGUUAUUGUCCUUCAACUAAUCAUUACAAACUUGUUGCAAUAUAUUACUAUGAUGGGGAAAAUAAAGGACAUGUUCAAGUAUAUACUGUUGGUGGUGAGUGGAGAUACAUUAGAUUUAUGGGCCGUUACUACAGUUACAGUUUAGCAGGUUCUUCACCAGGCAUCUACGCGAAUGGAACAAUUUAUUGGCCGCAAGAAAAACUGAAUUGUGAGAUUAUGGCCUUUGAUUUGGAGCGUGAGGAGUUCCAUUACAUCACAUUGCCAGGUUUUAUGUAA